GGCAUCUGACACAGACUCUGGGGACACAGACACAGAAUCUGGGAAUCUACCCUGGAAAAAACAGGUCUGUGCUCCUCUGAAAAGCCCUGAAGACGCCGUGCUCCAGAGCGUGUUGGAUGCGACGAGAAGGGAAAUACAGCCAAAUCGGACAGCUCUGAUUGUUGCUGAAGUUCACCGCCACCUGAGAACUAAUUCAUUCAGCCGAGGUGAUUUUACGCCAGAAUGCAGUCUCCAAACCCGAAGGACGAUUACGUUCCCUGCGCCGCGCAUAUGCACUGUGCCUACCCCGCAGAUCGGCUGCUGAGACAACGAACCAUGAGCCACUCCAGACAUAUGGGCAAGAUAAAAAAGAGGCUGGAGGACAUCAAGAACCAGUCCCUUAAGUCGACGAAAGCAGAUUUCAGCCACAACGAAAGCAUAAGGCUGGCCACCGACGCCUUCCUGGACGGUGGGACAGACUCGUAUCUCCAAACGUUGAGCAAAGAAGGAGAGGUGGAUUUCCUCUCCUCGGUGGAAGCUCGGUACAUCAAGGAGAACGCCAGGGAGUCGUAUUACGCGCAGGAUUCCCCCGCGGACGGGGCGGCUGCGCCAAGGCAGACCGAUGCUGGCUCUCUCCCUUCGGGGACCUACUUCCCAACCAUUUCUGACAGCAGCGAGCCAGCCCUCCUGCACACAUGGAUUACGGCAGAGAAGCCCUAUUUAAAGGAAAAGUCCACGGCCACGGUGUAUUUCCAAACGGAGAAGAACAGCAACAUCAGAGACAUUAUACGCCGGUACAUCAAUAAGACCACUCAGGUGCUCGCUAUCGUGAUGGACGUGUUCACAGACACUGAGAUUCUCUGUGACCUCCUGGAGGCAGCCAACAAGCGCAUGGUCUUCGUCUACCUGCUGCUCGAUCACGGCAACAUAAACCUCUUCUCUGAGAUGUGUGACAAACUGCAAAUUGCUGAGGAUCUCUUCAAGAAUAUCUCAGUCCGCAGUGUUACUGGAGAGGUUUAUUGUGCCAAAUCAGGCAGGAAAUUUUCAGGACAAAUACAAGAAAAAUUUCUUAUCUCUGACUGGAGAUAUGUGCUCUCUGGAUCUUACAGCUUCACGUGGUUGUGCGGCCAGGUUCACCGCAAUCUCCUCUCCAAGUUCACCGGGCAAGUUGUGGAGCUGUUUGACGAGGAGUUCCGACACCUUUAUGCGCUGUCCAAACCCGUCAGGGGCCCGAAGUCUCCGCCACGCACCAUGCCCUUCCUCUUCCGCACCAGCUGGGCUCCCCAGCGCAGCCUCCCCGACAGCAACGAGGGCAGCGCUAACACUCUCUCAGACCCCUUGAGCAGCCUCUCAGCCGGCAGCACCCACCAGAACAAGCAAACCCCAAGAACUCUCAUAUUCAGCAGCAACCUGACCCCGCAGUCACCGCUGCACAGAGUUAAUUCUUUCCACAGCUUCGUCUCGUUCACGCCGCCCCCAGCGCAGCCGCCCAUCCAGCCUAACUACUACCAGCCGCACUACGCAGCCGAUAGCUCGGCGGUUCUCUACAACAACAUGAACAUUUACAGACCUGUAAGAGUUAGACAAGAGGAACCAAACAGGACGGGCUUAAAUUCACCCUGGCGAUGCCUCCACAAAGGUAACCUGUUUGCAUAAUAACCACCUGGCCUUGAAUUGCAAGCGAACGUAGUGAGGACCUGUUUAGCAAUCGCUUGUGUACUGAUGAACAUAGACAUUCUGCCUACCCCAAAAUGAGGACGAUUUCGAGCCUCUUGUUUUGUUUCGGUGCUUGUGGAUGCUUCGUUUCCCUAAUUAAAAAGCCAAGCCUGGCAGCACGUAAAUGUUGGAUGCCUCACGGUCCCAGUAAGGGCACAUCUAAACAGCGCUGCUCAUGGUGCAGCACUGCUGCUGCCGGCCACGUGCCCCUGGUGAGCGGUUGGUGUUUCGGUAGAUCCAGGAGGUUUCCGUGUGGCCAGGCACCUGGACGCGGGGCAAGGCGCAGGUUCUCCCCGUGCACUUUGUGCACUUGCAUAAGGAACUAAUUCGGGAUACUGAAGGCUGCUAUUUACGUGCCAGACUGACACGAUGCUGUCAUCACAGCUUAGUCUUGAUUUAGGAGGACUCCUUUAGGGCUGGCAGGGAAGCACAGUUUCCACCUUCGCACUGUCUCAGAGCUGUCUGCUUGAGGUGCGCAGCGAGGAAAUCUGUUUGCAGGGUUUCUAGGAACAGGCCUGCUAACCACAAAAUGGACCGAGACCAAAAGCUCGGGGUGCAGAGGACAUCUUGCAGCCACUCUAGGCUUCCUUUCCCUCAUGAGCAACGUGGGUGCAUUCCAGCACGCUUCGUUAAAAACCUCCAGUCCCACCAGCUCAGAGCAAUUUUCCUCAUUGCAGAGCAGACUGGAAAUUGAAGCCAAGUAAGGAAGCGAAGUCCUGUUAGUAACAGCCUCCAAGUACCAAGUUCCAACUCACUUAACAGAUCUUGGAAAUCCUCUCAGUGGCCACUUGACUGAACGUUAACUUAGAGAUGAUGAUACUUUUUUUACAGAACUCUUCAUGGUUUCUAAUUUUUAGAGAGAAAUUGCGUAUCUGUAGUUUCCAUCAAAUAAAAGGAAGUUACAGAGAUUCAGCACCCUGAACCAUAGUGCCCACAAAGCUGAGAAACUGUUGGCCAAAUAAUCCAUGAAAACGAAGGAAGCUUCUGUAAGUGAAAGGCAAAAAAAGUAGGAAAAUUCAUGAAAUACAAAGGCCUUCCAUCCAAGUCCCAAAGUUACUAGACACCUAACAUCUAUUGAUUAAUUAUUUUUAUUUUUAAACCUGCUUUACCUCACCUUUACCCGACUGCAACAGAAAACAGAAGCCUAAACACAUUUAUUCGCUGCUCUGACCCAUUUUGCCUGUCUUCUCACCUGUCCAAAAACUGAAUUCAAAAGAAUAUAACUUAAUUUUUUAGGCUGUGGAUUGUGAAAAUUGUACGCAACAGCGGAA